AUGAGCUGCUGGAGUAUUUUUCAAAUUUUUAGCAUUCAAAAUCUAUUCACAAAGGCAAAACCUAAAUCUACUUCCAAUAUAGAUCUUAAAAAGGAUGAUGAUUAUGAAGUUAAAUACCAUUUAGCUGUUAUGGAAGAAAUUAAUAGAUAUAAAAAGUAUGAUCUGCAGAGUUUAAGCGAUUCUGAUAUACAAGCAAUCGCAGAAUACAUCUACUCACUUGUGAAAGAAUCUGGAGAAAUUUAUUUUAGAUCUGAUAUGUUUUAUGAAGAACUUAGUGUUAGGCUAGGCGAAUUAAUUAGGCGUUACCCAUAUUUUUCAUGCAGUCAUCAAAUACCUCCCAUAGAGAGAUUCAACCGCUUUUCGACUCAGCCCAGAGGGUCUAUCCCAAAAAAACGUUUGCAACUUUCGGUACCUUCUGUCUCCUCCUUGCGGCUUCAGUGUUGAGUGGGCAGCUUUGAGAUUUCUUCAGCCCUAUGAUGGGCGAUAUAGUAGCUUGAAUCCUUCGACAUCUACAGAAAAAAGACGAAUCCCCCGUGGCUUGGGCCGAAAGCCCCAGCUCUGGUAGAGGAAUGCCCAUGGACCCUCUAAUCCAAACUGCGUUGCGGUAACCUCCAUUUUGAACAAAAUGAAAGCAGCAAAAACCUACCCGGAUACACAUUACUUGAGGGUGCACUUGGUUCUUGGUUCGGAGUCCUUCCCAAUUCGCCAUAACCAUAAGGUCUGGACUAUUGCGCUAAGAGGAAAGGUUGACAUAUGUCGCCAUUUUAAUGUAUAUAUGAAGAACUCAGGGAAAUCAAGAAAGUUCUGUUAUUGCAAGAUAUCAGAAUCAUAAAUGUUCUUUAUAAACUUAUUGAUGAAGCUCAAGGGCGAUUAAUGUUCCAAGGAAUUCAAGAAUUAGAACUUUUUUUAUCCCUGGCUAGAAUGCAAGCUGACUUGACAAGCCUUUCGUCUCUAACUCCCCCCCUCCGUGAGUGAACAAAACCAUUAGAAAAAUCGCUAUUUUUGGCCCAAAAAACCCACCCUCCGUGAGUGAACAAAAAUUUUUUAUGGAAAAAAAUUUGAUAUAUAAAGUAAUAAUUAUUAUGAUGAAAUAUAGUGUGUUAAUUCUGUUUAAUUUUAAACAAAUUGCGUUUUAAAACAUAAAUUUUAUAUAUUAAAUUGAUAUUUGCUUUCCAAUUUUUGCGAAUUAGGAUUUUUUUAAAUUUCGAAAAAAAAAUUUCUAUAUAAUUUUCUAAAAAAAAAAAUUAACCCCGAACACAAAAUUUUUGUUUCACUCACGGAGGGGGGGAGUAAAGGAAUUAUAA